AUGAUCGAGCAACACUUUGCCUUUUGGGACAAUGACAAGUACUCAGCGCUUAGUACAUUUUUACAGAAUCAUUACCGAGAGGCACUCGCUGCCAUUCAAACUCUCACUGGCAAACUUUCCUCUCUGGAAGGUGUCCUCAAUCUCACACAUGCCGACUUUGUUCGUUUUCACAAGGAAGAGUGCUCAUACCUCGAUGGCCUGAAGGAACCCCCUGUCAAGGAUUGUGUCAGUGUUCAAUAUGUUCAAGCUCUCGAUGAAGUUGUUGUCUGCCAAAAGGAAUGGAACACAGCACGAGAAGCCGCCAAUCGGGUGCUUGUGGAUAUUCAUGUCGGCGGCUAUCAGGAAAUGCACACCGCCAUCAAUCAAGCCCAGAUCCGAGUUGACGGAUCAUAUUCGAGGCUUCAAAAUGCAGAAGCGAUGGCUUCGCAUUUAGAAAUUCAACUUGGGAUUGACAACUUCACUUUUGACUUACCGCCAGCACUCAAUGACUUAGAACAACUUGUCAUGACACAUCUAUUUGAGUUGUCAAAACUCUCGCUUUCAGGCACGGGCUACAAACUACGUCAACAAAUUAGCAAGGCUCUACAACAUCGAUCACAGGCAAUUCGGAACACACUUAGCUGGUUCAAUCUGCAGGCUGCUGCUCUUGUACCUCCAUGUCCACAGCUCACUUGGAAAGAUAUAGUGGAGUAUAGCUUUCUGGGUGAGUUUGAUCUUUUGCGCCAGUCUCAUUCUGACAUUCGCACCUUGGAUUGGACCAAACCUGUGCAUCGCAAAGCUACGCCAUACAUGACGAGGAACUCACUGUGA